CUGUUGCACUUACAAUGCUAACCUGAGCUAGCCACACCGGUUGUAGCYGCUGUCAUUCGGUUGCCUUUUCGCAGAAAGUACAGUUUUGUUUACCAGCGCAGAGCUGAAUGACAGUAACYGUGCUGUCCAUGUGCCAUUGUUCCGCAAUAAAUUUUAUCAGCUGAGAUACUAAACAUGAGAGAAAGACUGUGUGUUUUGUGACUCAGCUCUUGYGCAGCCAUGGAGAAGCCCUGGAGGCUGUGGGGAGCAAUACAGCGUUGCACUCUAACUCUGGUGUCCUGGUCCUGGGGUGCAUGUCGUGUAUCCCUUUUGGCCCUCAUCCUCACUUUCCACCUGUAUGGAGGUUUUUUCCUCCUUGCACUCAUCCUAGCAUCCGUGGCGGGCAUCCUCUAUAAAUUUCAAGAUGUUCUCCUGUACUUCCCCGACCAGCCCUCCUCCUCUCGCCUUUAUGUACCAAUGCCGACGGGAAUACCACACGAGAACGUGUACAUUCGCACCAAGGACGGUGUGAAGCUCAAUCUCAUCUUGCUCCGUUACACAGGAGGGGAUUCUCUUCCUGGGGUCACUUCUGGCAAUCAAAGCAGCCCUAAUUCCUCUGCACCACCUACAAUUCUUUAUUUCCAUGGGAAUGCAGGUAAUAUUGGUCACAGGGUGCCAAAUGCUCUUCUGAUGCUGGUUAAUUUAAAAGCAAAUAUAGUGCUGGUGGACUACCGUGGCUAUGGGAAAAGUGAGGGUGAGCCCAGUGAGGAUGGCCUGUACCUGGACGCUGAGGCCACACUGGACUAUGUUAUGACCCGGCCUGACUUGGAUAARACAAAGGUGGUACUCUUCGGUCGCUCAUUAGGAGGUGCUGUGGCUGUUCGCUUGGCAUCAGUCAACCCUCACCGGGUAGCAGCCAUUAUUCUUGAAAACACCUUCCUCAGCAUCCCCCACAUGGCUGCGACACUCUUCUCCGUUUUGCCCGUGCGUCUGCUGCCCCUAUGGUGCUACAGGAAUCAGUUUCUGUCCUAUCGACACGUGACGUYGUGCCGCAUGCCUUCGCUGUUCGUGUCGGGCCUGUCGGACCAGCUCAUCCCUCCUGUUAUGAUGAAACAACUGUACGAGAUGUCGCCUGCACGGACUAAACGCCUGGCCAUCUUUCCAGAAGGCACGCACAAUGACACGUGGCAGUGUCAGGGCUAUUUCUCUGCUUUGGAGCAGUUCAUGAAAGAUCUGCUGAAGAGCCACGCUCACGAGGAGGGUGCUCAGCCCUCAGCGAGCGUCACCAUUAUCUGAUCAGUCAGAUGUGACUGUGUCUGCAAAGUAUGGAUGCAGUGGAGAGACUUUAUUGAUUGGUGAAAAGAAUGUAUAUUUUUUAUGUUUUUCUUUGGGUUUUAUUUUAUUUCACGGUUUUUACCUUUCUGUAAAUUUUAAWAUGCUAAAAUAUUUUCACAGUUUCAAGUUUGGAAUAGAUUGUAUCUACAUCCUUCUGGAUUUUCGUUGUUUGUGUGUUGCAGAUACGAAUGCAUGUAUUUACAACCUUUUUAUGAAUGAAGCCAGAGCCUAUAUGCUCAUCCCACAAAACGUGUCACAAUCACAGGAUUCCCCUGCAGAAAAUCACUUAAAAUGACUCCAAUCUUAUGAUCAGUCUUAAAGUAUUAUAACCAUGAAAGGGCCAGUGAAAUUGGAGGUGAAAUUGGAGGUGAAAUUGAAUAUUACUCAAAUGAAAGUAACAUGAGACAGUGUCUGAUUGUGUAAAUUAAAUUUAUAUUGAGAGGUGUACUGUAAAUGUAGAUAGCUUUGUUAAUAUAUUGUGCUUAUUUUUGUUCAGGUUUAUUCACCAGUUUCUUUAUGAGAGCUAAAACUUUCAAAGCAAUACUUUAAAGAUUGUAAAGAUGUUCUUUGUUUCACCUCUUUUUGAACAUGUGCGUGCUGCAGCUUGGCAUCUUMUGGCUUUAUUGUUCUAAAAUUUAUGCUUGCCUUUGCAUUUUGUCAGCCACAUUUGCGGAAUUAAAAAAAAUAUAUAUUGUUGGAUAAUUAUGUUCAUAUUAUUUAAAUGAGGUGGUCAGAUGAUGUCUUAGAAUUAAAAAAAAAUACGUUUUUUAAUUUCCUGUUAAGCUACUUCUGUUUUGAGAUUAGGAGAAGCUUGUAGUUUCUCACCCCCAGCUCUGCAUAGUGUUAAAAUGCAACUAACACAGAGAAGUUAUUCUUAAAUGAUAUCAGUUUUUGUGCUGGAAGAGUUUAAAGUCACUGAAAUCCCUUUGACUCUGCUGAUCAUCAGUAAGAUUCACUGGAGGAAAUUGGAACAAAAAUCUGUUUUUAUUUUUAUUUUAUUUUAUUUUUUUGUUGUUGAGCCUGUGACAGUACAGUGACGUGAUGAGGCCAUGUUGUGAAGGUAUCUGUUGACGGGGAGAAAAAUCCUGCUGAUCUGCUGCAUUUGCUAGAUUUUUGUAAUGUUUGARUAAAAUUAUUUUGAAAUAUAGCCACCUUGUGUUUGUUACAACAGGAAAUUUCAAGUAUGUUUUGCUUUUUAAACAAAUGAGAAGGACUUAUCUUUUUAACACUCAUCACUUUUAUGUGAAAACUUCGUAACUAGUCUGCUCGUUCUUUCACUUCACGUAAAUGCUAUAUGCUAACAGUGUUGUAUGAGGACAUCUUGGGAAAGGAAAAAAAAUAUCUUGUCACAUAAUGAAUCAAGUGAAGACCCUUUCAAUUUUUAUGAUUUGUUAGCUGUUACUUUUAGCAUAAUUGUUAUUUGGAGGAUUAUGUCUCCCCCUCAUGCUUCUGUGGCAAAAUGACUAUUCUCACUUAAUGGGUGUGGGAGCAUUUAAUGAGCUAAUUACCCUUUCCUGCAUGUCUUCCAGAGACAGAGCAAAGCCUGAUGAUUAAAACACUAUUGUCUGCUCUUUGCUUUUUUUUUCUUUUUUUUUCAAUGCAGCAUGCUGCACUGCAGUGGUUUAAAAGCCAUUUGAAUUCAUUCAACAAAUCUUUGUUAUAUCAGGUAAAAAAAAAAAGACAGUUCCGAAAAGGUAAAAUUUUUAAUUUUCUUUACAACAUGAAACAGUUUUGAAGCCACUAUGAAUGUGAAAGGUGGUCUUAAAUCUCCAUGCAUUAUUAUAAAAGAUUGUGUAAUAAGUGAWACUUAUUUCUUCCAUUUCUGUGACUUUUUCCACUGAUGACCCCAAACAGUUGCAGACCUUUUUUUUUUUUUUUUGUAAAGUAUAAAAUCCAUGUGCUGAGUUCAACUAUGUAAAUAAUCACUCAUAUUGCWCAAUCUUUACAUUCAUUUAAAAAACACAUUUAGGAACGUGUCUUUCACUUAUAGUGUUCUUGAUUUAUAAUGUGUUGUUGGCUGACCUGGCACAAAAUUUAAUGAGUUUUAUUUUUCCUCGCSAAAAGUGUCGUCACUGUUAAACACACUGGUGAUGAACUGAAGCAGAAAAGAAAAUGAAUGUAUUUUUAAAAAUGAAAAAAAAAAAAACAACAACACUGUGGCUCUUCUUUAUGUUCACAUGAACAGAUAAGGAUGAAAACAGUUGAAAUGUUGGUAUUUUAAAUUGAUAAUCUGCUUUUAUCAGGCUCAUUGUGAGUCUCCUGUAAGUGUGCACGGUGUUCAAAUACCUAGUGUACAUAUUUAUUGAGGAUUUCUAUCAGGAACAUAAAUCACUAAAGGGCUGUCUGCCCAAUUAGACAUGUGAAUGAGCUGUUUUUUAAACAUUGGUACCGAUUUUCCAUCUUAGAGUUUCGUUUUUAUUCCAAAUCUCUGUCAACUUCUUUUGUACGCACACAUUUUCACUUUCUAUUUUCUGUAUUGGUAACAUGCAAUAAAUUGAUACAUCCUUUCA